AACAAGAUUACGACGUUAUGGGAGCAAAGGAAGGUUCCGAAACGUAGUGGUCUAGUUUUGGAAAACAACGGAAUGAUGGAACAAGUCCAGAAAAACAGCAGUAUUAAAAACUGAUUAUUGCAGAAAUCGGAAAAUUGGACACAUUGCUCUUCUUAACCUCAUCCGUGUUCGGUUUCCCAAAAAAUAGUGUUAAUGAAAGACAAGAGUCCUUUCGCAGGCCAAAAUAUGUGUUGCUCAAGCCACUCUGCAAAUGCCUGAUGAAUCUCUGGGUAUUCAUCCAUUCAGUAAUCGAUUGUAUUAUCGACUUAUGUUUUUCUUUUUACUACAAUGACUCUAAACGGACACAAAUCCCAACUGUUAAGGAAUCUCUUCUUAUGGAAAGUGCUGUCUCUCUAGCUGAAAGAAUUAGGAACAAAGAGGUGAGUGCAGAAGUGGUAGUUCAGGGAUUCAUCAAUCGCAUCUGCGAAGUGAAUCCACUGAUUAAUUCUGUAGUGGAUGAACGUUACGAAGUUGCUCUGCAGGAAGCAAGGGAUGCAGAUACUUUUCUAGCAUCCACCACUUUAACUGUUGAUGAGCUGAAGCUCCAAAAACCAUUCCUUGGAGUGCCCUUCUCUACAAAGGAUAGUACUGCAGUAAAAGGUAUGCAUCAUACACUAGGCCUAGUGUCACGCCGCAAUGUAAAGGCUACAGAAGAUGCAGAUGUAGUGAUACUAUUGAAGAAAGCUGGUGGUAUUCUUGUUGCAGUGACUAACAUUCCUGAAUACAAUCUAUGGUGUGAGUCUCGUAAUAAUGUUUAUGGACAGACACUGAACCCCUACAAUACAACUAGGACUGUUGGAGGGUCAAGUGGUGGGGAGGCAAGUAUCAUUGCUGUUAGUGGAUCUCCCAUGGGCAUUGGAACUGACAUUGGGGGGUCUAUUCGAAUGCCUGCUUUCUACUGUGGGAUUUUUGGACACAAACCUACUACAGGCUUAACACCUUUAAAGGGGCUUACAAAGAGAACAGGCCUGGAAGAGACUACAAUGGUGACAGCUGGGCCAUUGUGCAGAUAUGCCCAAGAUCUUCUGCCACUUCUGAAAGUACUGGUUGGGAACAACAUCUCACAGCUUCAGUUAGAAGCUGAGGUAUCUCUGAAUGAUAUACAGUUCUUCUACAUGGAAGAGUCUGGAGAUUUGCGUUCAAGUAGUGUUUCUGAAGAAAUGAGGCAGGCCUUGCAGAGGGCAGUGUCUCACUUCCAAGACCUUAGUAAAACACCAGUGCAGAAGGUAAAAUUUUCAGGAAUGAGAUACAGCUUUAAAUUGUGGAGAUACUGGAUGACAAGAGAGCCAUUUGACUUUUCAAAAGAAUUGGCAGAUGGAAAGGGUACUGUUUCAGUCUGGAAGGAACUUCCAAAGAAAUUGCUUGGUCAGAGUGAUUUUACAUUUGCUGCAAUAAUGAAUCUUAUUAACCGUGACAUACUACCCCAAGAAAAUCCUGUAUGGGCAGAAAGCACUACAGAGCACCUGCUGUCUGAAAUACUGGGGAAGCUGGGUGAUAAUGGUGUGCUGCUAUAUCCAAGUCAUCCAUUUCCUGCUGUUUAUCACUACUCAUCUCUCUUACGCCCAUUCAAUUUUGGAUACUGGGCUGUAUUCAAUGUAUUGAAGCUUCCAGUUACUCAAGUCCCUAUGGGAUUGUGCAAAGAUGGCCUACCUCUAGGAAUUCAGGUAGUUGCUGCACCGUACAAGGAUCAUCUGUGCAUUGCUGUUGCUAAAGAACUGCAGAAAGCCUUUGGUGGCUGGGUUCCUCCUUUCCCAGUAUAAAGUAUUAAUAUCAGUAAGAUACGUGGUUUUAGUUUUGAAUCACAGGGUAUUGGAAAAGUGAUCAAAGCAACUGAGCUUGGUUCAGGAAACCCCAUUUAAAAUAAUUCCAUUUAUAGAGUUGGAUGUGGAGAUAUUAAUGGUGAUUGUGUAUUAUUACGUUUUAAAAAUGUGUGUUACAUUCCUUUCCACUUGUGAUAAUUUACAUUAGUACAUUUUAUAAAAAAAUGAUACUGAAUUGUUAUGUAUGUGUAAUAUUUUAUGUUUUCCAGUAACAAAUAGAUAAAUGUUGUUGAUAGACAUUUCCACUUUUAUAAGGCAUCAGUUUGCAAGGCUGUUCUCACACUUUUCUUUUUGCUCCUUCAUUCACAUUUAUUUACUGUUGGUCCUUGUUCUCUUUAUAUCCCUCAACAUUCCUUAAAGGUGGGUUUCAUGUAACAAGGUGUUUAUUAUUUUCAGUCCUUCUGUUGGUAUUUGUGUUAAGAUCAGUGAGACCAUAGCUGCAGGUGUUUGCCAUAAGUCUGUUUAUUGGUUAUUAUAUUUUAUUACUGAGACACCCUUCAGUUCAAUAAUAGCUAGAUUUGGAGUGCAUCUUUAUGCAUUCCCCCUGACCAUGGUUUGAGUCCACCAUUAAGCUGUAGCUCUCUGCCAGCCACCAUUAUCAUCUGCCCAUGGGAUAGACUCCAUCAUGUAGUGUGGACACAACUGAGGAUAUAAAGAAAAUAAAAAUGUUGAAUUACUGUAAUACUGUGAGAAUACUGUCAGUUUCUCAAGAAGGACUCUGCUCCACAGUUAUUUUAGUUAAGUAGUUUGUUGUCUCGCGAGAGAGUUAAAAUGCGCUUCUCAGUCUUUUUAUACAAUUUAUAUGAGGUGGUGAUUAGAGUUGUGCUUCAUAUAAUACACACUUUGUUUCUAGAGAAUUAAGGAGUAUUUAGUUUAUGAUUUUUGUAAUAUUGUUAUUAAAUGAUGCUACAAAUUUU